UUUAAUUUACCUUGUUGUAAACAGACACGGACGGAAACAGGUGGGACAUCCCGUGAAUCCUUUCCGUUUAUCGCAGGGUCCUUCCGCCAACCCCAGUGCCCAUCCGUUCCUUCUACCCUUCCCGGAGAACCACAGAGUCCUGUGCCGAUCGCGGUUGUCGUCAUCACUUUGAUUCGCACCGGCCAGAAGGAACACACCGGCAGCAACGAUGGCAGCGAUGGGACGAAAGCUGUUGAACAACCUUAAGAGCAAGGAGUUCCGGGAGUACCUAAUGAGCACGCACUUUUGGGGACCGGUGGCCAACUGGGGGAUCCCGAUCGCCGCUCUUGGAGAUCUGCAAAAGAAUCCCAAAAUCAUCUCUGGCACGAUGACGACCGCUCUUUGCCUGUACUCGCUCAUCUUUAUGCGCUUCGCCUGGAAGGUACAGCCGAGGAAUAUGCUGCUGUUCGCGUGCCAUGUGACAAACUUUACCGCCCAAAGUGUUCAGGGGGCACGUUUUAUCGAGUAUCAUCAUCUCGGUGGCAAGGCACGGCUGGAGAAAGAGCAGAGUCAGCAGGCAGCCUAAACUACGAAUUUUGUACCAAGUACCUAGUAGCAACAUCACACUACACCAAGCUCGAAUUGCGAUUAGUUCAGGAGCUAUAAAACAGCAAUCGGAUCGAAGAUUUACAUGUUUGUGCAGCGUCAUGAAGACUCAUUUACCAUAGAGUGCUGUAGGUUAAGCUAAACAGCGAACUUUAGGUGGGGAACAGAUUAGCACGGGUACAAUCGGUGCGGAAGAUUGCGACGAAACUAAGCUGCUCAGAAAGUUAACGAAUCUACUCACAACACAUACUGCAACAACGUACCGUGAGGAGGGUACAAUAUGAUACGAUGCAGGAGAUGCAGGGAAAAUGGUGCUAAAAUGCCCCACAUCAUGGUUGGGGGAAGGAUUAGACUCUAAGAUCUGGAAAGUCAGGAAACACUGUACCUGUCGGAAACUACCAUUCGGUGUGAGCAUAUUCGGGUUUAGAUAUAGAGAUUUUCUUCUUGUGUACGCCACUGCCUGUGCCCACAGCAGUGCUAUCACUGCUUCUGAUAGAGUGUAGCUUUUAGAUGAAUUUUGAUCAACAUUUUUGCACGCGACAUAGUCUCAAACGCACCAACUUUAUAGCCGAUUUAGAGCACUUAACGUAGAGUACAUAGAAUUAUACACAACGCACACGGUACUGACGAACAAGGACUGAAAUUCCCCCCCCUUCCCGAAUCAUGAAAUGUCCCGUUCUUCCCAAGCAUUCGUGUUCCGCCGAUGCCUAGAAAUCGUAUCGCAAAUUGAAACAUACGAAAGACCAACGCAGAAGCACGAUGUAUUACGAUGCUCCACGAUGUAAAGUUCAUCGGUAUCGAAUGUACUGUGCAUUGUACAAGACCAAAAUUCCUUCCAUCGCGUUGGUUUCCGUCUCAGUUCCAUCUCUCCAAACCGCCAACAAGAACAAACCACGCAGUGGUGAUAAGUGUAAAUCAGGUAACCACCACCAGAUUAAGAAUAUCGCGUCGUUGUUUUGUCCCCGUUUACCAGAUACUAUUUGUUGACAAUAAAGUGACUGGAGUUUCAUUUUCGUA